AGGGCUGGCGACUCUGGUCUCUCUCUUUUGGAUGCAAAUCCACAAGAGUCGAGGAGCUGCCUGACGUUAGACAGGCCUCAGUAUACCUUUAGCUUCUUGUCAACUAAGACACAUCAUGUGAGGCUGGAGACAAACUGGAACUGCGCCGUGCUUCACUCUGGGAACCCGUUUGGACUAUAAACUACGCAGGGAUCGUUUAUUUAACAUCCGCAGGGUCACAAUGUCGCCUUAAAUCUGGCUGCAUUAACCCUCUGCUGCUGAAAAACAAUUUCAUAGCGAUUUUACAAAAACAUGUAUGUUGGAUACCUACUGGAUAAAGACAGCGGGAUGUAUCAUCAAGGACCAGUGAGAAGAUCGAGCAUCAAUCUGCCACCACAGAACUUUGUUUCCACGCCACAGUACCCAGACUUUACUGGAUACCAUCAUGUGCCAAACAUGGAUACGCACACACAGUCCGGGCCCAGUUGGGGCCCUUCUUACGGCUCUCCAAGGGAGGACUGGGGAGCAUACAGCCUGGGACCCCCUAAUACUCUUCCGCCCCCCAUGAACAACUCAUCUGGACCGGUUCCUUACUGUACACCAGAGUAUGGUCACAUGCAUCCUCCCGGGUCCGCGGUCCUACAGCCGCCGCCGGACAACGUCACUGUUGCACAACUUUCUCCCGACAGGGAAAGACGCAGUUCCUAUCAGUGGAUGAGUAAAACCGCACAAUCAUCCUCCACAGGUAAAACAAGAACGAAGGAGAAAUACAGGGUAGUGUACACAGACCACCAGAGGCUGGAGCUGGAGAAGGAGUUUCAUUUCAACAGAUACAUCACCAUCAGGAGGAAGUCUGAGCUGGCUGUCAACCUGGGUCUGUCCGAGAGGCAGGUAAAAAUCUGGUUUCAGAACCGUCGAGCAAAGGAGAGAAAGUUGAUCAAGAAGAAGAUGGGCCAGUCUGAUGGUAGCAGCGGGUCUGUGCACAGUGACCCGGGUUCUGUGAGCCCUCUGCCGGUACCGGUCUCUCAGUCCCACAGAAAUCCACAGCUCUCUGUAUCCUCCUCCUGGAAUGAACACCUUGCCAUCAAUCAGGAAUAUACAGCAAGUGACUGUGAUUCAGUAGUUCACCUGUGGACCUCCUCUCCUAACUGAGCACUCCGACACACUCACAGAACACUUGACAGGCAGCUAAUGGAUCCAAACUCACACAGGCUGUGGAGAAACGUUUGAUUGAUAGCAGCUGAAUGCUGGAGGCUCUUCAAAUAGUGGUUUUAUAGAAUAGUUCAAAACGAUGUGGGGAUUGCAAAAGGAAAGAAAAUUUGUGUUUCUAAAGUUUUAAAUUGUUUUUGAGUUUAUAAGAUAUAAAUUUCCUGUUUUUAUGAGUUAAUGUAUGUGUUUGUGCAAAAAAAUUGUAAAAAGGUCACUCCUGUGGAAUUUGGAAAUGGAAAAUAUGCAUUGGAAUUCAUUGCGUUUACUUGACAAAUCAUUUACACUGUUUGUUCGUUUUUGUGCAUAUAAGAGCAGCUUGUACUGAUGCAGGUCCAAUGGCAACAUUACACACGUACAUAAAUAAAGUGCUUUUGUAGUAAUA